GGCGGCCGCCGCAGCGGUGGCGGCGCAGAGCUGCGCCCGCAGUCGAGACUCGGGGAGCGCGGGAGGCGCUCGGAGCCCGGACUGCAGCCGUGCCGGCGCGGCCUCCAGGGACCAGCCUUGCAGAGGGACGUUCCUGCCUUCUCUCGGAGCCUUCCCCGGACAGCGUCUGCGAUGCCGGCUCCGGGCGCAGUGGGAGCCGCCCGGGUCUUGGCCGCCCUGCUAGCGGCGGCCCUCUACAGUCACCUCCAGCUCGGAGUGAGUGCCACCUUGAACUCGGUUCUCGUCAAUUCCAACGCCAUCAAGAACCUGCCCCCGGCGCUGGGCGGCGCUGCGGGGCACCCGGGCUCCGCGGUCAGCGCGGCUCCCGGGAUCCUGUACGAGGGCGGAAACAAGUACCAGACCAUUGACAACUACCAGCCGUACCCGUGCGCCGAGGACGAGGAGUGCAGCACGGAGGAGUACUGCGCCAGCCCCACCCGCGCAGGGGGCGCGGGCGCGCAAAUCUGCCUCGCCUGCAGGAAGCGCCGAAAACGCUGCAUGCGUCACGCUAUGUGCUGCCCCGGGAAUUACUGCAAAAAUGGGAUAUGUAUGCCUUCUGAUCACAAUCCUUUCCAUCGAGGGGAAAUCGAAGAAACCAUUCUCGAAAGUGUUGGUAACGAUCACAGCACCGUGGAUGGGUAUUCCAGAAGAACCACGCUGUCUUCAAAACUGUAUCAUACCAAAGGGCAAGAAGGCUCGGUCUGUCUCCGAUCAUCAGACUGUGCCACAGGGCUGUGUUGUGCUAGACACUUCUGGUCCAAGAUCUGUAAACCUGUCCUCAAAGAAGGUCAAGUGUGCACCAAGCACAGGAGAAAAGGCUCCCACGGGCUGGAGAUAUUCCAGCGCUGUUACUGUGGAGACGGUCUGUCUUGCCGGAUACAGAAAGAUCACCAUCAAGCCAGCAACUCUUCCAGACUCCACACCUGUCAGAGACACUAAGCCAGCCGUCCGAACACCGUGGACUCCUUUGCUAUAGUAGAUGCUCUGAAAACUGUGUGUGACUUUUAUCAGCUCAAUCCUAAAGGAUGUACAAAUUCUGUGGUUAUGAUUAAGCAUUCCAAUAAUACCUUCUGAAAAUCUGGAGUGUUAAGAGCUUUGUUUCUUUAUGGAACUCCCCUAUCAUUGAUUGCAGUAAAUUACUGUGUUGUAAAUUCUCAGUGUGGCACUUACCUGUAAAUGCAACAAAACUUAAUUAUUUUUCUAAAGGUGCUGCAUUGUCUAUUGUUUCUCGUUAUGUAAAUUUUUGUACACAUUGAUUAUCUUGACUCUAAUAUUCUAUAUUGAAAUAAAUAAUUUCAGCUUA